AUGAGCCUAGACGUUGGGCUGGGAUCAUUCUGUGAUGACUACUAUUCUCACAACAAGUGUUCCAUGACCGGAGAUAGUUCAUCAUCGCAAAGUUCUGAUUCUUACUACCAGCCUUCGCAUACUGCUUAUAUGUGUGAACUUCGAGUGCAAAAAGAGAAUAAUGCACUGUUAGAAUCUCAAAACCAGCAGCUCGAGGCAAAAAUCAACCAACUGGAAGGAGAAGUUGCAAAUUCAAAAAUUAUGUACGAUAAACUUCUUGAUCGCCUCAACUCUUCUUCCGCUGUAAUGAGAACCCCUUCGCCACCUGUUUCAGUCUCAGACCCCUUUUUCAUGGUUGUCCAAGUAGCAGUUAACACCGACACUUAUGCUAUCCUCAACCAAGAUGAUUAUCCUAGUGUUGUGUACUGGGAUCAUGCCAAAUACACUAAUGACUAUGAUAAUGGUUGUGGUACCUUGCAGACCGAGUCUAACAAUGACUCUAGGAAACACGGAAGGCAUGGUUUGCUCCCAAAAGCUCCAGCAGGAGAUGCAGGAAUACCAGCACCAACUCUGGCAUACACUCCGACAUUAUGGCCAUGCUCCGGUGACCUGGACGAAGAUCAAUUCUCUUGCUGCAGACAAUUUCUUCCAUUUGAUGCCUCGUCAUCUGCUGAUAUCACCGAACACCUUGAGAAGACCAGCGUGUCCGACAACAAUGAAGAUAUUGUCCCUCAUUCAUCGGCAUCCCAGCUCAUGUUUCUCCACCAACUCUGUGCAACAAUGACAGCAACAGAUGCCACAGAACUCGACUCCAUGCCGUCAACUCAGGCUGCUGUCGCAAACACACUGCUGGUCACCAAAAAUGGACAGAAUGGAACCAAUCUUCAAGCUGAAUGCUGUCCGAAUAAAUUUCACACUGCAUGGUGGGUUGUAAAUUUAUGUGGCAUCGAAUGGAAGAAGACUCACAAAAAGAUAACUGUGGGCGAGUUUUCUAUAUAUUGGACUUUGUUGGCAGGUGGGGAUAGACAAGACUACAAAGAUCAUUCUAAGAAGGCUAAGGGGGCAUGGGCAGGUGUUUUUAUUUCUAAAGCAGCUAUCUAA